CAUGUAGUGCAUUGAGGAAAGUACAGUUAAUCUAGCAGAGUGUUGUGUUGUGGGUGUUCCAGAGGUUAUGGGGAAGGGGUGUGUGCUAAGUGUGUUUGUGUGAAUGCUAAUUACAUGGGCUAGACUGGCUUGACACCACACUGUCGACUGCACACAAUGGCUAGAGGCUCCGCCCCCAAAACGCACCUGCUGUCCAAUCAGAAGCGGGGGUUGUCAGGAGGUUGGAGUCAGUGGUUUCUUUUUGCUGUUGUUGUGAGAGAGAGCUGAAAUGGAAAAUGACUUCUAAGCUUUCUCUUUCCUUUUCCUUUGAAAGUCUCAGUCAAGACAGGAACCUCUGCACAUUUCCUCAGGGAGACCGUAUGCCUGGCAUGUUAAAUCUAUAAGCUUUCCGUACAGACAAAAGGAGUCACUAUCAGUGUUUUAAACAUGGCAGCAGAUCUGGCCUUGGUCACUGUUCUCAUCCAGCUUCUUGUUGAUUUGGUGACAAGUGACAGCAUUGACUUCUACAAUGUCAUGCCUGCUGUAGAAGCCACCCCGUAUCCCAAGAGUUUCAAGUGCUUCACAUGCGAACAGGCGUCAGACAACUACAGCUGUAACCGCUGGGCAGAAGAUGUGUGGUGUCCGCAGAAUACCCAAUACUGUAUGACAAUACACCACUUCAACCAUCAUGGAAAGACAAAAUUUGUUACCAAAAGAUGUGCAAUGCAUGAAGAAUGCCUGUUAGCUGGCUGUAGACAUCACAAAAACACACACCAUGAGUGCAUAUCUUGCUGUGAAGGGAUGGUUUGCAAUGUAGAGCUGCCGACCAAUCACAGUAAUGCAGUGUUUGCCCAGAGACGAACACAAAGCGCAGCAGCACCCACUUUCAGGAUCUGGGAUUCUGUGUUCCUGCUGAUCCCACUUCUCACGGGACUGUUACCAUUGUGAUCCUCAAUCAUAAGAACCUAUUCGGUGGUGAACAGCACUACAAAUCAUUGAGACAAAGGAGACGUCACUCACACUGGAAUAUUAAUACAGUCAGAUGGAUGUUUUCAUUAAGGCUACACUAAUCUCAUACAGAAGAAAACUAGCAUUCCCAUUCAUCUCAGGACGUUGCAGGAUUGACUAGAUGAAUGUGAUUUGUCAUUUUUGCUGAUGGGCUCACAGAUGUUUUCAUGACUGAUCAGUGACUAAUCAGCCUGGAGCCACAGGAAAAAUUACAUCAUGGCUUGGCUGAUUGGUUAAUGCACCACAAAGAUGAGGAUCACUCAAUAGUGACUGUCUGGAGCUGUAAUAUAAGCCAAUUUCACACUUAGGCUCCCUUCAAACACAGAUGGACCCUGAUGAAUAAUCUACGAUGAUAUAAUGAAAUGCCUGUGAGUUGGACACUAUGACUUGGAGUGGAGAAGGAUGCGUUUUCCAGCCAAAUUGUGUAGUUACGGCAUCUACCAGCAAAGGCUAACUAACUCGACUGUGCAAAUCAGCAAAAACUUAUUUCUUUGGUGGAUUCAACAAGGAGACGGCCAGUCGGCCAGUGGUGGACAAACUGUGUUCACAGGAAGUUGCUGUGUCAGGAAGGUCUGUCAAUGGAGUACUUAAAGCGCUUGUGAUGACUGCUUACUAAUGACGUGCUAAAUGGGACAGAGAAAAAGACGGAUUGCAAAACAGCGUUUAGCAGCUAAAGCAGUGGAAUUAACUUAUGCUGCCUCACUGGAUUUGUAUUGAGCAAAUUGAGGCUCACACUCUAAGCAUUAGAAGUCUCUGUGUGGGAUGGUCCUGUGGCUCUGAUCCCAGAUUCUGUCACACAGGCCGAGCACAGCAAUGAGAGGAUGCAGGAUGUGUUGCUCUAGUUUCCUAAAUGGUGCGAACGUCUCUAAAAGAAGGCUUGAUUGCUGCAUAAAUGUCAGUGCUUUAAGAACAUGGACUUGCAUCAAGUAAAGCACUAAAUAAUUAACGAAUUAUAUAUAUUUUGAAUUAUUCUGGCUUGACUAUUGCAAAUGCUGUCAUGUUUUAUUCACAGAAAGCGAUAGAAAUAAAAUGUGACCAUAUUUAAUGAUUCUAAUGUGUCCAUGCACAUAUAUUCUAUG